AUGUCGUUUGGAUUAACCAAGGCCCCCGCUGUGUUCAUGGAUUUGAUGAAUAGGGUGUUCAGACCCUUCCUAUAUGACUUUGUAAUAGUUUUCAUUGAUGAUAUCUUGGUAUAUUUUAAGAGUUGGGAAUUGCAAGAACAACAUCUAAGAAUGGUCUUUAAAACUUUGAAGUUGGAAAGAUUGUAUGCUAAGUUGUGCAAGAGAGAGUGUUGGCUCCCCAGUGUAGCCUUCCUUGAACACAUUAUUUCUAAGGAUGGGAUCACGGCCAACCCCUCUAAGAUCGAAACCGUACUUAAGUGGGAAAGGCCAACAAAUGUGAUUGAGGUUCGUAGCUUCCUGGAACUGUCAGGGUACUAUAGGCGCUUUGUAGAAGGAUUCUCAAAGAUAGUGCGUCCCCUGACUCGACUGACCCAAAAGAAUGCAAAAUUUAUAUGGUCAUUGGAGUGUGAGUGGAGUUUCCAGGAAUUUAAGAAGAGACUAGUCACAGCCCCAAUACUGGCCUUGCAAGAGUGGAAUGGAGACUUUGUGGUUUACACCGAUGCAUCUCAUAAAGGGCUCAUAUGUGUACUUAUGCAGAGAGGUAGAGUUAUUGCUUAUGCCUCUAUGGCAGGUAAAGCUGCAUGA